AUGCCGAAAGUAGAGGGAAGAAGAGGAAGGUCUCCGACGCCCAAGACGAUCCUUGCUGGGAAAGAAUUGAAUUCUACAAGUCAAAACAACCAGUCACCUAUCUCUCCGAGCAGUUCAGACUUGGCUCCAUUCGUUCACUGCACCAUGCAUGGAUCGGAAGUUCUCGUCCUCGAGUUGGAAGCUCCGAUAGAGCGUAUCAAGUCCUGCGAUGGAAAGUUGCGAGGAACUGCAGAAGAAGACGCUGAGUGUUUGCGCACAGGCCUCUCUUUCACCAACAGUCAGUUCGACUGGUAUAGCGAAGUCUUGCGCUUGGAGGGCGAAUGUGAGAAGCAGUACCGGCUGAACCUGGCCCUCAUGGAACAACUUAAGAUUGCGACCUCAGCGGCAGAAGACAGGCUGGUCGAACUGCAAGAAGCUGAAGGAGAGCUCGAGGAGUGCAAGCUCGCGCUUUCCUCCGCCAACCACAGGAUCGAGGAGCUGGAAUAUGCCCUCUGGGUAGAACACUCUCCGGGAAUUCCACGUUGUGUCGAGCCAGCUCACAAGCCAACUGUCCACAAGCCGCCUGUCAUCGAUGGGCAGGAUCGACUCUUGAUUGAUGCCAUCGCAAAGUCUCUUCGCGACCUGGAAGUUACGUGCUCGCUGCUGCAAGAAUCUGUCGACAAAUUCUACUCGCACUCAGAGCCUCGCGGCAGGAGGAUCAUCAUCCUUGAAGGCGAGCACGCACACAGUGAGUCGCACUUUGCAUCCCAGUGGAAGGAGCAGGGCGGAGCCCGGCACGAUGUGAAGCUGUCUGCGCCUGCUCCGCAGGACGAGGAGACUGAGAUGGAGCGGAGCAGCCAGGAGGGCGAGGUGACAUGCAGUGUCUGCUACCAGAAGAUGCAGGACAUCCUCAAGCAUCGCUUCCUUCCUGCCAUCGUCCACCAGCAUCUCCACUCUCAGCACGCUGACAACAUGAGACUGCAACAUGAGCUGGACUUCCUGCACGAUCAUCUGCGGAAUUCUCUUCAUGGGAAGCAGAAGAUGCUGAUAUGA